AUGGGAUCUCCUGGUUCGGAAUCUCCACGUUCCAUGCGAGACAGUCACAAAGUAAGGUUGAUAUUUCUAUUAGAUUGGUUUCAGAGCAUAAAACGCUACAAGUCAAAGUUGGACCAACGGCUUGGAUUAUGCAUUUUCUCCUGUCUCACCACAAUUGCGUGCAUUCUAGCCAUUUACGGAGUAAUGCACAAGAGUGUGAACGAUGAGCUAGUCAUCUACGUCAACCGAACUCAUCAGAUUGCCAAGGAGCUUAAACAUGCAAUGGACGAGAACUACCCGUCAAAUAAUGAGAGCAGUAUAGAUCAAAAUGGCAGGCGAUGGAUGACUGUGGAGGAACUCGAGUACGAUGCCAAACUCAUUCGUGAGACAAAUGCAACCAUUUGGAACUUAUUCUGGUGGGAUUUCGUGCUGGCUUUGCUCCUUGCUCCAGUUCUGCUUCUCGUCCACUGUGAUGUGGUCGAAGGAAAUCUGGCGAAGCUGUUAUACAGGGGCAUUGUCGGCGCUCUUCUCCUGUUCUGCGUAGCCCAGCUACUCUAUCUCAUUCAUCCAGUGCUAUGGGGAGCUGCUUUAUUUCCAUCGAUGGUCGACCGUCUGUUCCUAUACGGCUAUCCAAGGGACGAGUAUCAGAUCAACAGUCUCCAAGAGCGGUUCGCAUGCGAAUUCCGGCCUCACAAAGUGCUCGUUCAGUUCGACUUACAGAGUGCCCUUCCCGAAGCAGAACAACUACGAACCGCCACCGAAAUACGCCCCGAAGUUAGUGGAACUGUGAUUACGUUCAUAGUCUGA